CGGUUUUUCGAGCAGUUGCAGACAUUUUUCAAAAACAUCUGGCAUCUCCGGUUCAACGAAAGCUGGCAAUCCUGCAUUCUUUAUUAUUUCAACAGACCGAAGUAUGUACUUUGCAAUAUAUAUUACUGAACCAUCUAGAGUGAAUAUUAUCCAUAUUAACUUUUAUCUAAUAAGUGUAAAUAUAAAUUAAAGUUAAAUAUGGAGUCUACAUCUACAGAAGGAUGCCGACUUUGUCUAGAUCUCUUUGCCGAGAAUAGUAGCUCAAUAACAUCUGAAGAAAUGCAACAACAAAUAAGCAAAGUGUUUCAUUUUACAAUUGAAGUCAUGGACGGUUUUCCCACAGCCGUUUGUCAAAGUUGUGCGUAUACAGUAUCAGAAUUCUAUAAAUAUUCUGAAAAAGUUCGACUUAAUCAAGAAAAACUGAUGCUCAAGUUUAAUGGUAAACAUCAUAUUGAAGCAGUUACACUGGUAGAAACAAAAUUGAUUGUUGAAUUAAAAGAUGAACUAGACAUUGAACCAAUAAUGCUAGCAGAAACGAAAAUGGAAGCUGAUGAAAAUGCGCCCGAGCUAGGGAAAAUGGGGGUACAAAGUGCCGAAAGCACGGAUAAUCAGAGUAGUGGUUCGGAAACGGAAUCCACUUCAUUGAACAGUUCAUCAAGGAAAUUAAGGGGUUGUAGAAAACCUGAGCAAAGGUGUAAAAAAAGACUUGCAGAGAAAACGAGGAAAAAUACUGUUCGUUCUAAGCAAGAACGUGAACAAGAAAACGAAACCAUAAAUAGUUUCUAUAGGCUGGAUUGCGAUGUGUGUGGAGAACAUUUCUUGACUAUAAGUUCGCUUAAGACACAUUUCCGUAAACAACAUGACCAAACGGGUUAUGUAAUGUGUUGUCAGAAAAAGAUAUUUGUCAAAAGUAAAAUGAUUAACCAUAUUGAACUGCAUGAGGAUCCUGAUGCAUUUCGAUGUAAACUGUGCAACAAAAGCUACAAAAAUAAAACUUACUUUACACAACAUUUACAGACUGUUCAUGGCAGUCAGGAUGGACUGGCGUUUAAGUGCGACAUUUGUGGUCUUGGGUUUGAUAAGGAAAAAAAGCUCCAAGCACACGCGAUUUAUCACGAAAAAGUGCAAUGCUCGCAUUGCGACAAACAACUGGCAAACAAGUUUGUUCUUAAAAAACACAUUAUUUUCAAACACCAGGAUACCGACCGAUCGAAACGAGACCGACAAAUGAUUUGCGAAGUUUGCGGGCGAGAAUUUUUGAACAAGAUUUGCUUUGAUCGCCAUGUUCAGACGCACAAAGGAAUUGAGAUCGAAAGGUUCCAGUGUCAAAUCUGUCUGAAAUGGUUGAAAGGCGAACGAAAUUUUCAGCAACAUUUACAGCACGUGCAUUACGAAGCGGGUAAAUCAUUUAUUUGCAGUAUUUGCAAGCAAAGUUAUCCGAACACCCGAGCGCUUUAUAAGCAUAAAAGUAAGGUUCACGUGGAGGAGAAGUAUGAAUGCGAAUUUUGCGGAAGAAAAUUCAAGCAAGCACUGUAUUUGAAGGAGCAUAGAGCAACGCAUACAGGAGAACGGUUGUAUUGCUGUAAGUUUUGCGAUCACACUAUGAACUCCAAGGCUAAUCUGUAUGUGCACAUGAAAAAGAAUCAUCCUGUUGAAAGAGAAGAAGAGAAACAAAAAAUGGCAUUAGAAAAAUUUCUUGUAUCGUAGGCAACAUGAUGGAAAGAUUCUGUAAA